CGGUGUCGAUUGCUAGCAGUUAAAGUCGCAGCUCUCUGGCUCCUUUCCAGCCUUCCUCCUUAUCGCCGGCCGUGGACUUUUUUGCAAAUUCAUAACGUGUGAUGCGAAUAACGUUUCAAUAUUAAACGUGUAAAUAUGUCGGCUCACGGACCUGUGGGAGUUGACUGCACGGACGCGAGAAGAGGCGACGGACAAGCAUCUGAGAGUUCCACGGAUGUGGAUGCCCGCAAGGCUCAGGCACACAGCCACAGAUACAGCCUCGCGUUCCCCUCCAUUGGACAAUGUAUCAUCAUCAACAACAAGAACUUUGACAGGAGGACCGGUAUGAAUCAACGCAACGGCACCGACGUGGACGCAGCCAACGCCAUGAAAGCGUUUGCCAAGUUGGGUUACAAGUGCAAAAUCUACAAUGACCAGACGGUGACGCAAAUGAAACAGGUGUUAACUGCAGCGUCCAAGGACGAUCACAGCGGCUGUGCAUCAUUGGUGUGCGUGUUGCUGAGUCACGGCGACGAAGGCGUCUUCUUCGGCACCGACGGCUCCAUCGAGCUAAAAUACCUCACCUCGCUUUUCCGCGGGGAUCGCUGCAAGACGCUGGUGGGCAAGCCCAAACUCUUCUUCAUUCAGGCGUGCAGGGGCACCGAGCUGGACGCCGGCAUCGAAGCGGACAGCGCCGAUGACGGCACCGCCAGGAUCCCCGUCGAGGCAGACUUCCUCUACGCCUACUCCACUGCGCCAGGCUACUACUCGUGGAGGAAUACCAUGACAGGCUCGUGGUUCAUCCAAUCGCUGUGCGAGAUGCUGACCGAGCACGGCCGCUCGCUGGAGCUCCUGCACGUCCUGACCCGUGUCAACCGCAAGGUGGCGCUGGAGUUCGAGUCAAUCUCCACCGCGCCGGGCUUUGACGCCAAGAAGCAGAUCCCGUGCAUCGUGUCCAUGCUGACCAAGGAGCUGUACUUUGCGCCCUGACCCACACUGGUUCUUUUUCCAAUUCUUUUGGGUUUACACGUAUUUCACCGGAGUUCGUAGGCAUUAUUUAGUCAUAUUUGUCUUCAGCAUUUCAUGAGGAAAGGUCACGUGAUGGGGAUUUUGAUGUUUGUUUGCUGUUUACACAAUUCAGGUAGACGUGAAGCCGCUAGUGAGACAUAAGCUGGGAAAAUGGAAAUAUAAACUUGAAAUCCCUUUUUUUUUUCAUUAUCACUUUUUACAAUCGCAUUACUUAUAAAUUAUAUAAAUUUAAAAGGACAUUUCAAAAUAACCAAGUCAAAUUUAUUUCAAGAUGGAAAGCAAAGAGAUAAAAUAAACAUAGGAAAAAUAAGAAACCUUGAGAAGGUUGACCAGGUUGCGAUGGAUGCUGAGUGGGCAACAAUUAACUCGUGUGGCUGAAUGUUAAAUAAGAGUAUGCAUGAGAGUCCAAAAAGUUCAAAUCAAUCCUGAAUUUGAAACGUUUUCAGUAAAUAUGAUACAAAUGUUCCGAUUGACUUCAUUCCAGUUUUUUUUUUUUGUAAUGGAUUUGGAUUGACAAUCUUGUGACACAAUUUGGUGCGGUUUUUUUUUUUUUAAAUUGUGACGCAAGAGUUAGGUGUUGAUGUCAAAAUAAAACUCAAUUUGAGAAA